GACAUUGGUUCCCUUUGUGAUGCCUUACCAGCACUUGGAGUUCUUAAUUUAACAAACAAUUUCAUGGAGCAUCAUGUAGAGGAACUUCCUUUACUUAAAAGAAUUCAUACUUUGGUUCUCAAUAACUGUGGCAUGACAUGGAAAGAGGUUGAAAUGCUUAAAGAGUCACUGACUGCAGUUGAAGAGCUCCAUUUAAUGGCAAAUAAGUUAAGGACAAUCAUGUCUAUAUUUUUCAUGCAGCCUGCACCUUCUGUACCAGUGACAGCUUUUGUUCAAGGAUUUGAUAACUUGCGGCUCUUAAAUUUGGAAGAUAACUGUAUUGAUUCAUGGGAUGAAAUUCUGAAGUUUUCUUACCUAAGAAGCUUGGAGCAGCUUCAUUUGAACAAGAAUAAACUGAAGCAUAUAUACUACCCUGCUAAUCAUCCAAGUCCAGGAACACUGGAUGAUAAUUAUAUGCAAGAUACAUCUUGCAAGCCUUUUGAGAAGUUGCAGUGCCUUCUUCUAGGACAUAAUGAGAUCGAAGACUUGGCAUCUAUAGAUUCACUAAACUCUUUCCCAAGAUUGAUGGACAUCAGGCUUUCUGAGAAUCCUAUAGUUGAUCUAGCUCAUGGUGGUGUACCAAGAUUUGUUUUGGUUGCACGUCUUGCAAAAGCCAAGAUAUUAAAUGGGAGUGAGGUUAGCCCACGUGAACGGAAGGAAUCAGAAAUUAGAUAUGUCCGCCUUGUUAUGGCCAAGAUGCAGUCAGAUGAUUCAGAGGAGGUGAAGCAACUUCACCCUAGGUUUGCGGAGCUCAAGGCACUACAUGGCAUCGAAGAUGAGAAGCCAUCUUGUGGAAUAUCAGGCCCACAGAAAAUGGCUUCUGGACUUCUUUGUGUCACCUUGAAAUGUGUGGGAGCUUCCAUUGGAGAGAAGCAGCCCUUGACAAAAAAAAUACCACCUACAACUACCGUUGGCAAGUUAAAGGUUCUAUGUGAGAGUUUCUUCAAACUGAAAGGAAUCCGGUUGAGAUUAUUUCUUCAAGAAGAGGGUUCCCCCUUACCUGUAUUGCUUAAUGAUGAUAUGGCUCCUUUAAUGGAUCUUGGAAUGGGCACAGAGGCAACCAUUCUGGUGGAUGAAGAAAGCUAGCCUUUUGAGAGGUUGCAGUUCAGGUGCACAACCGUGGCAUGAAUCUCUGUUUUUUGAUCCAGCCAGCUUAAGGUUUCUUUUCUCAUACAUUAGCACAAAAUUGGCCUACUUUGCGCUCUUGCAGUUUUCCUUAAUGAUGCUCCAAUGUUCCUACGAGGGAAAAGAUGACAGAAAGUUCAUAUGAUUUGGUUAUUUUGUUUGCUAUCAUGAGAUACAGUGAGAGCCAGAUUGGUGUGACAAUUUACAAGCUUUGCAGAAUUUCUUUUGUAGGUCUGUAUUCCUUGAGGAAUUUAAAUUUAUCAUUUUUAUUAUUGCCAUUACUAAUUAUUGUAUGACAAGAGUGCUACCUAUUAAUGCCAUUACUGAUUAUUGUAUGACAA